AUGGAGUCUGCAAACCAAGAAAAACAAGGUGGAGUUCUGGGUCAUGGGAGAUUGCGGGUGAGGACCUUGACUGACAAGUUGAAGUCCAAGGUGGUUGAGUUUUGUAGUAAUGUGAAGAAGCUUGGUGAAGAUGAUCCAAGAAGAGUACUUCACUCCCUCAAAGUUGGACUUGCUCUAACCUUGGUCUCAUUGAUUUACUAUUAUCAACCUAUUUAUCAUAACUUCGGUGUAUCUGCAAUGUGGGCUGUCAUGACUGUCGUCGUCGUCUUCGAAUUCUCCGUUGGAGCAACCCUGGGAAAAGGGUUGAAUAGAGGAGUAGCAACCUUGCUAGCAGCUUCUUUGGGAGUUGGAGCUCAUCAUCUAGCCAGCCUAUCCGGACAGAUAGGUGAACCUAUACUAAUUGGCUUAUUUGUGUUCCUACAAGCUGCGGUGUCAACAUUUAUAAGAUUCUUUCCCAACAUCAAAGCGAGAUACGAUUACGGAUUGCUGAUAUUCAUCUUGACAUUCUCAUUCGUAUCGGUUUCGGGUUUUCGACAAGAUGAAAUACUAGAACUAGCUCACAAGAGGCUCUCCACCGUCAUCAUCGGAGGAGCUACGUGUGUGAUCAUAUCUAUUUUCAUUUGCCCCGUGUGGGCUGGUCAAGACCUCCAUAAUUUGCUCGCCACCAACUUGGAUAAAGUUGGUGACUUCUUAGAAGGAUUUGUAGAUGAAUACUGUAAAACAUCAUCUGAGAGUACCAAAGAAGAUGAAAAGACUUCUUUUCGAGGAUACGAAAAGGUUCUCAACUCGAAAGCUACCGAAGAAUCCUUAGCUAAUUUUGCAAGAUGGGAACCGGGUCACGGGCGGUUCAAGUUUCGACAUCCAUGGAAACAAUACCUACAAAUCGGAGCUCUAACACGACAAUGUGCCUACAGAAUCGAGGCUCUAAAUGGAAAUCUCAACACCCAUAUUCAAGUGUCCGCAGACAGUAGAAGCAAAGUCCAAGAGGCAAUUAAAACAAUGAGCAGGGAAUCAGGCAAAGCACUAAAAGAAUUGGCAUCAUCAGUCAAAACAAUGACAAAACCUUCUUCUGCAGAUUCCCACAUCGAAAAAUCAAAAUCUGCUGCCAAAAACAUGAACUCUCUUCUCAAUUCAGAUCUAAUUUGGCAAGACACGAAAGUUGAUCAACUCCAAGAACUGAUUCAAAUAGCCACAGUUGCUUCGAUACUCAUCGAUAUCGUCAACUGGGUUGACAAAAUCUCCGACUCCGUUCAUCAACUCUCCAUUUCGGCUAAUUUUCAAAAUCUCGAACCGACAGUCUCACCAGAAAAAUCCCAAAAACCUGCAGCGAAAUCUCCUACGACUCACCCUGAUCCCCACGUUGUGAUUACAGUAGCUGAAGAUGGCGGCGAACCAAACAAUAGCAUUCAGACUAACAAGAUAGUUAAUCAUGACGAGUUAAAAGUUCCCGAGUCAUCAAGAAAUGAAAACAGUUCUUGUGUAAAUAGAUGCGACUGA